AUGAACAAUGGAAUUGAGUGCACCCUCAGCAAGCAACAAACCAAGAUUGCAGCUAUUCUCAGGAAACGAAAACUUGACUAUUAUUUGUACAAACUCCUACCUGAGAUCUUGCAAUCAAGUUCCUUUCUGACAGCAAAUGGGUCCUUGUAUAUUGCUUGCUUUUGCAUUCUAAGGAAGAUACUUGGAAAAUUCUACUUUUGGUCUCCUGGCUUUGGUGCUGCUUUACCUGCUUCUUACAUGGCAAUUCUCAUCGAAAGGAAAAGCAGGAGAGGUCUCCUCACAAUUUACAUGGCAAAUCAAGCUACAGAAACGCUGUUCCGAAUGGCAGUAGCAAGAGGAGCUAUUACACCUUUAAGACAUGGAGAAGUCCUUUUGUUCUGCAUCACAGCUGCUCUGUUCAUGUUCUUUUUCAGGUGCAAAGAUGGCUUGAAAGGAUUUACAUACUCUGCACUGAAGUUCAUUGUAGGGAAAGAAGAAAUCCCUACUCAUUCAUUUUCACCUGAAGCAGCAUUUUCAAAAACAGAUCGAAAGAUAAAGCAUUGUGAAAAAACAUCACAGCCAAUGAACAUACUGGCUCUAACCAAAAAGCUCGUGGACAAAGUGUGCAAACAUGGCCCGAGGCACAGAUGCUGUAAACACUAUGGAGAUAAUUGCAUCUCAUAUUGUAUUAAAGGCUUUGUUAGGAUGUUUAGCAUUGGUUACCUGAUCCAGUGUUGCCUUCGGAUCCCAUCCGCCUUCCGGCAUCUGUUUACAAAACCAUCCCAGCUACUUUCCCUCUUCUACAACAAGGAAAAUUUCCAACUUGGAGCUUUUCUCGGAUCUUUCGUCAGUAUAUACAAAGGUACUAGUUGCUUCCUGCGCUGGGUACGGAAUCUAGAUGAUGAACUUCAUGCACUUAUAGCUGGGUGUCUAGCAGGAAUUUCUAUGAUGUUUUACAAAAGUACUACUAUCUCUAUGUAUCUGAUGUCCAAAUUAGUAGAGACUAUAUACUUCAAAGGCAUUGAAGCAGGAAAGGUUCCCUAUUUUCCUCAUGCAGACAGCAUCAUCUAUGCCAUUUCUACAUCAAUAUGCUUUCAGGCAGCUGUCAUGGAGGUGCAGAACCUGAGACCUUCGUACUGGAAAUUUCUUUUGCGACUAACAAAGGGCAGGUUUGCUCUCAUGAACAGGAAAGCUUUAGAUGUCUUUGGUACUGAAGCAUCUAAGAACUUCAAGGAUUUCACACCUAAGCUUGACCCAAGAUACACGGUUGUACCACCAGAGCUACCACUGGAGUUGUCUUGAGAACCAGUAGUAUAUCUUGUCAUUGAGUGUGAUCAACAUUUUGUCCUGAGGAGUUAAUUAACAGUCGUAGAGAUGGAGGAGGGCUUGGGCUCCACUUCAGUAUUAUUUCAAUGAGAAAUGCUUUUUACAGAUCAAAAGUACUGAAGCUUUGAAGGAAGAUGUGCCUUAGUGAUUAAGCUCCUUCCAUAAGCAGAAAAUAUUUCUGGAUUACUGUAGUUUGUUGGCAGUAUGAUAGAUUCCUGAAUGAAUUAAACAAAUGAGUAAU